AUGCAGAGGCCUUCAUUUUUGGACCAAGAACCUCCCCCUGGAUAUAUACCAGGUAUUGGAAGGGGAGCUACGGGGUUCUCAACGAGAGGCGAUCAAGCCAAGAAAGCUCAGAUACCAAAACGACUACGACCAGAGGAGAAUGGAUUCCAGGUGACAAAACAUGCCAACGAACUCACCGGAGAGCCUUUAUCAAAGGAAGCUGUGGAAGCAGAGCAGAUUUUUGCUGCCAUAGAGACUAGGCGGUCAACAAGAAGGAAGACAACUCAGAGCGCAAGUGAAAACGUGAAUAAUCAGAUACCCAGGCAGUUUGCUGAUUUGAAACGGUCAUUGGCAACUGUGAGCGAAGAGGAGUGGCUGAACCUUCCCGAUGCUGGUGAUCUGACUAGAAAGAACAAGAGGGAGCGGCUUCAAGACCAAUUGAAUAGGAAGGAAUACGUAGCGCCUGAUACACUUAUCAAUAGAGGGGUCAAUUUUACUAAACUGACAGAGGAACGUGAAAGAUUACUAGGACGACAGUUGGACAAUAGCUUGCUGGAGCGGGUCAGUUCAGAUGCUUUAGCCGCUGGAAGCGAUGUGAUCAGCUACUUAGAUGAAUUGGAAAGCUCCACAGCUAACAACUUGGUUAAUGCAGACGAAGCGGAGGAAGUUAAGCGAAUGAGAAUGGUUCUCUCGUCCUAUCGAAAAGCUGAUCCAAUGAGGCCCGAGGGUUGGAUCGCUUCUGCGAGGCUCGAAGAAAAAGCUUGCAAGUUUCAGAAGGCAAAGAGUAUAAUGGAGGAGGCCUGUGCAGUUUGUCCUAAGAAUGAUGAAGUAUGGCUGGAAAGAGUGCGAUUGAAUUCCUCAGACGUCAUGCUGUGCAGAGCUCUAGUUGCAGAUGGGAUCAGAUUCAACCCGAAGUCUUUACCGUUAUGGACGGAAGCAAUCGAGCUGGAAAAUGAGCCUUUCAAUAAGCGGAGGGUGGUAAUGAAGGCGCUACAUGAACUGCCAACUAGCGAAAAGUUGUGGAAGCAAAUGGCUAUGCUUGAAAGCGAUGAAUCGGAACGGCAAAGAAUUAUACGUCGGGCAGUUGAACUUCUACCGACAAGUAUUGAUCUGUGGAAAGAAUUGAUCAAACAGCAAGACUAUAGCGAUGCGAAGAAGUCGUUGAAUACUGCAAAAAAAUACCUCUCAACAGACUACCGCCUUUGGAUUUUGGCUGUCCAAAUUGAAGAACGAGGGGACGAGGAGAUUGCUGGGGAACGUUUGGAGAAAAUUUUAGUUAAUGGUAUGACCCAGCUGCAGAAGAGUCAUAGCGAUCCUGGGCUAGUAGAAUGGUUAAGCCAUGCCCAAGCACUUAAUGCCGAUGGCAUGUUUCCGAAGGCUGCAGUCGCUAUUGUGCACGCGGCUUUAAGUAUGGAAGAUCUGAGCCAGCCUUCAGUCAUGAAAAGCAUUGACGACAUGAGGAACUCUUUUGUCAAGAUAACUGCCUAUCGUUUUCUGAUAAAUAAAAAUCCAGGGAAUCAUAGCUUUUGGAUGUCGCUCCGAACCACUUGUCUCCAACUUGGCAAGCAAGAUUUACUAUACGAGGUUUACGAGGCCACUUUAUUCCACCAAGCGGAAGGUUAUAAAACUCUAAAGCAAAAUCCAACGCUGUCUCUCAUCUAUGCCAAGGAAGUCUGGAAAUACGGAAAGGAUGCCUCAAAGGCACUUGACAUUUUGGAAAGGUCCACUAACGUAGUUCCGAGUCAUCUGGACUUCUGGAUAGCAAAACUGAAAGUUCUUUGCUUCAGCGCGCGAUUCGAAGAGGCCAAGGAAACGUUUAAUUGCGCAUUUCAAUCUCUGUCUACGGCUGAAGUGCCGUACUUAGAAAGGCUUUAUUUGAAGUAUGUUAGUUUUCUGCGGUUCCAGAACCAAUACCAGGAGGCCAUCGACUUCUUAGAACAGGAAUGUCUUGAGAAAUUCCCUGAAUGCUACAAAUUUUAUAUUCAAAAAGGACAAACUUAUCACGACAUGGGCCAACUGAGCAAAAUGAGAGAGACUUAUUCCUUGGCUACCAAAAAGCUGCCACAAUGCCCCAUUUUAUGGAUUCUAUUAGCAAAGGCAGACGAAACAGAUUUCAAAAACUCCCCCAAAGCUCGAUCCGAAUUGGAUAUCGCGCUUUUGGAGAAUCCACACGAUGAAGCCCUAUAUCUUGCUAGAAUAGAAAUGGAAUGCAGGGAGGGAUUUCACGAUCAGGCGAAACUUCUAGUGCUCCAAGCUCUGCAAAAGUUCCCGCACAGUGCAGUAAUUUGGGCCGCGAACGUCAGACUCAUACCUUCCAGAAAGGCAUCCACGAAGAAAACCGUCUUCCAAGACGCCCUGCGGAGCACAAAAAACAGUUACCAAGUUCUGAACGAAAUUGGAUCGAGCUUUUUCCGCGACGGCCAGUAUUCGACCGCAAUAAAGUGGUUUGAAAGGGCUACAAACAGUAAUCCAAAGUUUGGCGACGCCUGGGUAUGGCUUGCCAGAUGCUGUAGGAAGCUGGGGAAUGAUGUGACGUCAAUUUACAAACAAGUUGAAGAGCACGAGCCAGUAUACGGACCAUUAUGGAUCUCCGUAACAAAGGAUAUGCGAUACCAGUACAGCAGACCAUCGGAAGUUUUGAACCUGCUACUUAAGGACGAGUUAUGA